AUGCAUGAUUUCUGCUUCACAAUCCCGUACGGGAUGCUUCUAAUCGGCGGUGGAUUCAUAGGAUACAUGAAGAAAGGAAGUAUCACAUCUUUCGCCGGAGGAGCAGUCGCUGGUUUACUUCUCAUCCUCGCUGGAUAUCUCAGUCUCAAAGCUUUCGAGAAGAAGAAUAAUUCUUACAUAGCUGUUGUUCUCCAGACAGUUAUCUCAGCUGCUCUCACACUAGUCAUGGGACAACGUUAUUUUCUCACUCAAAAGGUUAUGCCGGCUGGUCUAGUUGCUGGCAUCAGGGCAAAUCUUGAACGUUAG